AUGAAACACAUACAACAAUUGAUAGAUGAUGAUCGUUAUACAAAAUUAGAUCAUUGCUUGACGAAGAGUGAUAUUAAUUCAAAGGAUCGUCAGAACUAUCGUUCUUGUAUAAAAUUAAUAUCAGAUGAUGUGUUGAAUAUUGUCACGAAUGAUGCGGAUACACAAGGAACCGAUACAAGAUCGUUGAGUGGUUCAUUCUCCACGGUAAUUAACUUCACUGUCAGCAAUUUUCUUCGGCUCGCACAAAAGUUAUCCAUUUUGAAUCAAAUAAAAUAUGAUGAUUCACUGGUAUCGUCCAAUCAGUUAGCUGAAAUCGAUAAAUUAGAUGUUGAGGAGAUCAUUUCAAAUGCAUACGGUCAAGCAAUGUACAUUGUCAAACAUUCAGAAAUUUUAAAUGGAUUAAAAAGAUAUAAUAUAAUUAAUUUAACGGAUUUAAGUACAUUUCUUUUUGAUAGUUUCACUAAAAGUUCAAAAAUGUUUGGUUAUUCUUCACGAGCGACUAGUGAUGAUGAUGAUUAUCAAGAGUUUGAAUUGAAUGAAGAAGAAAAUUAUAUACAAGAUUUACUCGAUGAUGAAAUGUUAUUCGAUUUUGAAGAUAAUGAUGACGAUAGUGACCAGGAAAUGUUAAAUUCAACUAAAUCUGCCUUCAAUGGAAUAAAAAUUGUUAAUAAUAUUAAUCCAAUCUUGAGAAAGUCGUAUUUCAAGAUCAGAAUAAAUGAGAAAAAUAAGUAUCUUCAUAAACAAUUGGCCUGUUGA